AUGGCUACAGCUGCGUCUUCUCAGGCAACUUCAUCGGCUGCGACGGCUGUCUCUGAUCUCGCAGAUGCAACCUUAACAAGGAUUGCAUCUGUGGUUGCCCAGGCAGUCGUUGCGGCCAUACAGUCACCAACUCCUUCUGCGGUUGUUGACACCAGGGAGGUACCCCUUAAUGGUCGCUCUGAGACUGGUGCCCAAGUGCAGGGGCCAGUGGCAUCAGCCUUAGAGCACCUCACAGGUGAGCAUGGUAAUCUGGAG